AUGCUACUCUCAUGGAUUUCAAUAAAACAGAGCCUCAAAGAUGUUGGUUUUCUGGCUGUGGAUGUUUUCACAACUGAUAAUAGGGACGGCUUUCGAAGAACUCUUAUCCUCCUCCUGACCUGUAGCUUCUCCAGCCUCCUGCUCAGCACCCUGCUCUUCCUGUACCUCCUCUUCACCCUGGACUAUGAGACAGCAGUGGCUGGAGGGAUUACUGGCAUCUUUGGGGCAUUAUUCACCAUCGCUCUCUUCUUAUCAAAGAGAGUGAGAUGCUUAGCGACUCUAUUCGUGAUCUCUGUUUUCAUGAAGAAGAGUCGGAACUUGCUGCUAACCGCUGGGACCAGUUUAGUGGUUCUUAAAAACAUCGGCAACACCCUGGAGAACCUCACAGGCCUCCUCAGGAGUAUGAUUUGCAACCUGAAGGCAAAGAAAUCAGCCAUCAUUGCUCCAUUCAGCAACUAUGUCAGCAUGUUGAAGUGGAUAGGAAACAUGCUUAAAGGGGUUACGGACCUGGGAGUGUUGAACCUUGACUCCCAGCUCAAGGUUUCACCCAGACUGGAAUCAGAAAAAUUCAGGGAGAAACUCACUGAAGCAGAGCAGAGGCUGAACGAGACUGUAAAAUAUGCACAGUCCCUCAUGAACACAGUCUCCUCCGUGACCGACAGGAUGUUUCCUGCCGUCAGUUUCCUCGUGCUCAUGAUGUUCAUAGCCGUGCACAUAAAAAAGUACUGCAACGACAUGAAAUACAAGAACAGGUUCAUCAGCAGCAAAUUUGUGCGUUUUGACGAGAAGCAGAAGGCAGAAGGAAAGCCUCAUAUCCUCCCACUCACACCGGAGGAGGGGAAGCUGUACACGGCUGUCCUCUCCGCCUGUCCCACGGCCAGAGAGAGGAAAGCUGUGCUGAAAUUCGGUGCUUCAGUUGUUGUUCAUUUUGUAGCUUGGGCCGUAUUUAUAACUGUGGAUGCCUUAUUGUACUGCUUUGUUGAUAUUGUAACAACAAAGCUGUCAGAGCUGGAGCCCUUCCAGGUCCCCUUGUUAAUGAGCAUCAAAGGGAUUGCAACUUUAGUUGGCAUACAGUUAAGUGAGGAAACUCAUCAAAAAGACUUUUCCUACUCUGUGACCUUGUUCGAAAAGAAGUGCCUUCCUAAGCCCAGGCUACUGCUCUAUAAUUCCAUAUUUCCACUGACUGCCAUCCUGCUCAUCUUGUUCAUCAUGGCCCUGAUGGCUGCCAAAAUGGCCCAGCUCAGGCUGAUGGUCUGUGAGCGAUUCUUCUCCACGGCUGCGGAGGAGAGAGUGGAGUACCUGCACGCCAAAAUCCUACGAAAGAGACUAAAAAGGAGGAAGGAGAAAAACAGCUGCAGCCUCAUGUCACUGCUUGUUAAGCCACAUUUCUGGUGCCCGCUGCUCUUUCGACCCAAAGAGGAUCCACAAAGCAUCGUGUGA